AUGCCGCAACACAUAAAGGGUGAUAAUGUUGAGGCAAGCGAAACACAAAUACGCAUCAAUGGCGUGAACAAAAGGCGCCAUACAAACUCAGUGAUUACUUCUAAAUACACAAUUUUUAAUUUUAUAUUUUUAAACGCUUAUGAGCAAUUUCACAAAAUAUCAAAUAUUUAUUUUUUUAUCAUCGGAGUAUUACAACUGGUUCCUGAAUUAACAGCAACGAAUAGAAUACCCACAAUAUUAUUUCCUUUAUCAAUUGUAUUAAUUGCUAAUGCUAUAAAUGAUGCAUAUGAAGAUUGGAAUAGACAUAGAACUGAUAAAAUUGAAAAUAACAGAGUAUGCUAUGUUAUAAGUGAUGGAGACUUAUCACAACCUAACAUUAGUAGUAAUGUGUUUAUUAAAUUUAUUCAAUACCUAAAAAAUAUAUUAUUUAAAAAAAGUAAGAAAAUAGAUAGUAUUGAAAGUUAUUAUGAUGAUGAAGAAGAAGACGAGGAAGAAGAAGUUAUUGACGAAAUAGCUGAUACGAAUUAUUUUAUUAACAGUUAUGAUGACAGAUUAGAAAAUAUAGAUGGGACAAUACAAAAAAGAUGGAAAGAUAUUGAAGUAGGAGAUAUAAUAAUAUGUAGACGAUCUGAUUUUUUUUGUGCAGAUAUUUUAUUGUUAAGUUCAAGUGAUCCAAAUGGAAUAUGCUUUGCCGAAACAUCAAGUUUAGAUGGUGAAACAAAUUUAAAAGUUAAAGAAGUUAAUAAAUAUAUAUUUAAUAAUUUAACAUAUAAUAUAGAUGAAGCUAUUGAAAAAGCAAAAAAAUUAAGAGGUUACAUUUUAAGCGAAAAGCCAAAUAAAAAUUUAUCUACUAUGAAUGGUGCUAUUUAUUUAGAAAGUGAUGUAAAUACCGAUGUAACAAAUAAUAAAGAAAUUAAAAAAAGUAUAUCUGAAGGAUCAAGCCAUAGAGAGGAAAUAGAAACUAAAAAAGAUAUAAAUAAUAAUUUUAUAGAAAAUAAAUCAAAUGAUGAUUUAAAUAGUUAUAAACAUGAUGAUAAAUAUGUUAAGUUACCAUUUGAUGAAAAAAAUUUUGUUUUACGUGGUUGCAAAUUAAAAAACAUAGAUUGGGUAAUAGGUAUGGCUAUAUAUAUAGGGAAAGAAACAAAAAUACAAAUGAACUCAUUAAAACCAGUUAUAAAAUAUAGUAAACUUGAAAUAUUAACAAAUAAGCUAACUAUCAUUAUAUGGUUAAUUCAAGUAUUUAUGUGUAUCAUAUCUGCAUAUUAUAGUGCUGUAAUUGUUAGUUUCUCAAAAAAGAGCAAGUUUAAAUAUUUGCCAUUUAAUUUAGUAGAUCCCAGAGCACCAAUUGUUAGUGGUAUUGUAUCAUUUUUUUCAUGGAUAGUUAUUACUGCUAAUUUUAUACCUAUUUGUUUAAUUGUUACUAUGAGUUUUGUUAAAGUUGUACAAGCAUAUUUUAUAUCUUGUGAUAAUAAUAUGGUUUAUAAGGUGGAGGAAAAUAUUCCAUCUUUUGUAGAAUCUAGACAAAAGUCUAUGAAAUCGAGAAAAAACUUUUCUAUAGAAAUAGAUGAAACGCAUAAUAAGUUAAAUGAAGGUAAAUCAAUGGUUGGCACUGAUAAAAAAAAUGGUACUAACCCUUCUGAUUCUACAAAAAUAAUACUAAAUAGCGAAGAUGAUAAUAGUGAUAUAUUCAAAAAAAAAUCUACGAGAAUGCGAACUUUUAAAGAGUCUAGAGAAAAAAGUUAUAUAAGUUUUAAUGCAAUACCAAGAACUUCAAGUUUAAUAGAAGAAUUAGGACAAAUCGAAUAUAUAUUUUCUGAUAAAACUGGAACAUUAACAUGUAAUGUUAUGGAGUUUAGAAAAUGCGCAAUAAACGGUAUAUCAUAUGGAACUGGUUUAACAGAAAUUAAAAGAAAAAUUUUAAAAAAAAAUAAUAUUCCUAUUCCUCAGGAACCAGUAGAUUUAGAUCCUAAAAACAAAACACCAAAUGUGAAUAUUGUUGAUAAAAAAUUAGUAAAUCAAUUAAAAGAUGUUAAUCAUUUUAAUCAUGCUUCUUUAAUAUAUUUUUUUCUCCAUUUAGCAAUUAACCAUUGUGUUAUGUGUGAUACUAGUGAUAAUGUGAAUACAUAUUCUUCUAGUAGCCCUGAUGAAGAGGCUUUAGUAUAUGCAGCCAAACAUUUUGGAAUUACUUUUCUAUAUCGAAAGGAUGGAAAAUGUGGAAUUAAAAUAUUUGAUAAGGUAUAUGAAAUAGAUAUUUUAGCUACUGUGGAAUUUACUAGUAAAAGAAAAAUGAGCACUAUUGUCUGUCGAAUUCCAGUCCCAUCAAAUGAAUCACCAGAGCCAACCCCCAUCGACAAUGACGAUAUGUCGCGUCCAAGAAAUGUCAAUGGCGUUACUAAUGAUAUUAGAAAUACUAUCGAAAAAUGGAACAAUGGCAAUUUGACAACUGGAAAAGGUGGGAAUGGUAUGGGAGAUAGCCCAGUCAACUUAUCGACGGAAAAGGAAUUGAAUAUUUCAUCUGCAGCCAUAGAACAAGUCAAGGAUAAUGUGGCCAAUAGUGAUGUGAAAAAAGAAAAGAUGAUAAAUAAAGAAAGUAACAAAAUCGAAAAAAAAAAUAGUAAAGAUAAACAAACGGAAACAAAUAAUGAUGUAAUAAGUUGCAAAAAUACAAAGAAACAUAAAAUAGUAGUAUUUUGCAAAGGGGCAGGAUGUGUAAUUAUAAAAAAGUUAGCGAAAAAAACAGAUGUAGAUGACUUAACAAUAGAACAUAUGGAAACAUAUGCAGAUGAAGGAUUAAGAACCUUGUGUAUUGCAUAUAAAGAAUUAAGCCAAGAAGAAUUUGCUGUAUGGUAUAAUUCAUAUAAAGAAGCAUCUUUAAGUUUAAAUGGUAGAGAAGAAAAUAUAGAAAAAAUUGCUGAAGAUAUUGAAAAAGAUUUAAUAUUACAAGGAGUUACAGGCAUAGAAGAUAAAUUACAAGAAGGAGUCGGUGCAACUAUUGAAGAUUUAAGGCUAUCUGGUAUACAUGUAUGGAUGUUAACAGGUGAUAAAAUUGAAACAGCUAUUAAUAUUGGUAUUGCAACUAACUUAAUAGAUAAUGGUUCUGAACAGUUCAUAUAUACCGAAGAAUUAGCACUCAAUGAAGAUUUGCUAAUGAAAAAAUUAGAUGAAGAUAUAAUAUAUAUAGAAAAAUCAUUAAAUUUACUACAUUUUAAUUUUGAUACAAAUAAAGUAGAAGAAUCUUUUUUUAAGAAAAUGAUAUCUAAUAAAUAUAAAAAUACUGAUAGUUUAGCAUUAGAUCACGAUACAUAUAAAGAGGAUAUGACUUUAAAUAAUAAUGUAUUAAUAGUAGAUGGAAAUGUAUUGGACAUAUUACUUAGUAAACCAUUUGAAAGAAAAUUUUUUUAUUUGGCUGAUAAAUGUUCAUCAGUUAUAUGUGGGCGUGUUAGUCCUUAUCAAAAAGGUUCUAUAGUUUCUUCUGCAAAUAGAUUAUUAAAAAAAAAUACAUUAGCUAUUGGUGAUGGUGCAAAUGACUGUAAUAUGAUUAAGAUGGCUAAUAUAGGUGUCGGAAUAAGAGGUCAAGAAGGUGUACAAGCUUUUAAUUCAUCAGAUUAUGGAAUUAGUCAAUUUCGAUUUUUAAGAAAUUUAAUAUUAAUACAUGGUAGAUUAUCAUAUAGAAGAAUAAGCAAAUUGGUUGUAUAUAUGUUUUAUAAAAAUAUAGUUUUUAUUUUCCCAUUGUUUAUAUAUGGGUCAAUUUCAUUAUAUUCAGGGCAAAAAAUUUACUAUGAAUUUUUAUUACAUUUAUAUAAUGUUAUGUUCACAUCUCUACCGAUAGUUAUAUUAGCAAUUCUAGAUAAAGAUGUUAGCUUAAAUACAGCAUUAAAUAAUCCAUGUUUAUACAAAUUAGGAAUACAUAAUUUUUAUUUUAAUAUCAAUAAGUUUAUAUCAUGGGUUUUAAAUAGUCUUUUUCAAGGAUUGUUAGUAUUUAUAAUACCAUUAUAUUUCUUAGCCUAUUAUAAUAUACCAAGUUCGACUGGAGAACCAUUUGAUAUUUGGUCAAUUGGAUGUGUUACAUAUUUACUAGCAGUUUUGAUAGUUAAUAUAAAAAUAUUGUUAGAAACAUAUUAUCUAAAUACUUCACCAAUUGUUGCAGUUUCUAUGAGCAUAAUUUCUUUUAUUAUUAUGUCAAUAGCUUUUUCAUUUAUUGGCAUUGGAAAUAAAAGUUUUCUAGGAGUGGCUAUAUUAUUGGUUAAGUCUCUUCGUUUUUGGUUAGUUCUUUUGCUGGUGCUAUUUACCGCUUUAACCAGAGAUUAUGUUUAUAAGGUUUACAAGAAAAACUUUUAUCCCGAAGCUUAUCACUUGCUUCAAGAUGAGGAGGAAAACAAUUCAAAUACAAAACAUAUUCAGUAUAGUUCUAAAUGUUCUAAUAACGUGGAUGAAACGAAAUCAUCAAAAUCCGAAUUUAUGGGAUAUGCAUUUAGUGAAGCAGACCCAGUUUGCGUCCAUUUCAUAAGAAAACAGGAUAAACUUAUAUAA